GUUACUUAAACCCUUCGGCGCACAUUUUCAAAUCUGAUCAGGAACAAAAGUGCAUUCCUACAAAGCAAAAGACGCUCUGUUUUCAUUUUAAUGUAGCUAUCUAUAAAGAAACAGUUCACUGUUCCAGAAGCUUUGGAAAUAAUCGAGGCAGUCACGAUGAGCUCAUCGUCCUCACCCCUUUCCCGGGUGCGUCAGUGGGCCUCACCGUCCCUGAAGCACAGGGGCGCCUCUCCUGCCGCGAGCAGCACCCCGCUCUUCGCAUCUUUCGAGGGAAACGAUGAUGAGCUAGAGCGGCGUCAGAGGCGCAGAUCCCGGGUCAUUGACUUGCAAGCUGCCGCUGACUCCUCAUUUAAUGAAUCUACCUCUCAUAGCACCACGGGGACCCCUGCUGCUGUGCCCAUACUGUCAAAUGCACAGAUCUCAGAGCAUUACUCCACCUGCAUCAAGCUCUCCACUGAAAAUAAAAUUACCACCAAAAAUGCCUUUGGUCUCCACCUGAUUGACUACAUGGCUGACAUCCUCAAACAGAAGGAUUCUGAGCUCACAAAUUUCAAGGUGGCAGCGGGUACCUUGGACGCAAGCACCAAGAUUUACGCAGUCCGAGUGGAUGCUGUCCAUGCUGAUGCAUACAGAGUACUGGGAGGACUGGGUGCUGAGACCAAGCCCGGGGAAGGAGAUGGGGGAGAGAUGGAGGAGGGUGCUGCAAGAGAGCUGGCGGCCAAGCAGGUGGUGAAGAAGAAGAGGCCUCCCAAAAAGACUGUGGAGCAGAACCUGAGCAACAUCAACAGCUCUGAGUCAGAGAGGAAGUUUGAGGUGGACCCCAUGUUCCAGCGCAUGGCGUCGUCCUUCGAUGAGAGCAGCACAGCAGGUGUCUUCCUGUCAGUGCUGUUCAGUGAAGACAGUCGCUGUGAGCUGCUCUUCCCCUCCCACAUGACCCUGCUGCACUCCACUCACUCCUGCUCCCAGUCUCCUCCGCAGCACGUCCCUGCGCUGCCCUUCACAGGUGGUCUCCAGCAGACCCAGGAGAAGAGCUCCAUCUGCCCCUCCCUGGCAGAUUUCUCUUUCACCAGCUGGAACCCUGACCAGACCAUGAACCAGAUGCUGGAGAAGAUGAAGCAGGGGGAUCACAUGUUUGACCGGAACGCGGAGCCGGAGCCGGAUGAGGAGGAGUGUCAGGAUUUUGGGGAUGAUUUUGAUGGAGACUAUGAGGAGGGUCAGGGGGACUAUGGUGGAGAGGGCUCCAAGGAACACAAGGAUGGAUGUAAGGCUGGAGGGCCGGGGAGAGGAAGGGAUGUGAUUCCCAUUGGAGAGGGAGACAUAGCCACCAUGUGUCUGCAGCUGUCCAACCAGCCCAGAGAGUACUCAUACUUCAGCCCUAGGACCAUGGCUACCUGGGCAGGUCCUGGCUACUGGCGCUUCAAACCUCUGCACAAGAAGGACAACAUGCCUGAGAAGGAGGGUCGCAAGAGGAAGCCUAAGAAGGCCUUUGAAAUCGAUUUUAACGACCAUGUCAACUUUGAAACCUACUUCCGCACCACUAGAGCUGCUACCACUAACAUCAAGUCAGCCCUCAGUACCAGCAACAAGAAAACCACUCUAGCUGCAGACUUCCAGUUCCCCCCUGAGACCCUGUCCCGACUCAGCCUCAAACCUGCCAGCACAUUGUGUAAAGAGGGACAGAAGAAGUUGUCUGGAGAGCUGGAAGGCAUCGGAGACUACGACUACAACAACACCAACGACACAGCCAACUUCUGCCCUGGCCUGCAGGGUGGGGACAGUGAUGAUGGUGAAGGUUUCAGUGGAGGUGCAGAUGACACCCAGCCUUCCGCAGACGGUAACCUCGCCUCCUCACAAGACCAUGACGACGUGUCCACCUAUGGGGAGGACGACCUGGUGCCAGAACCACACCGGGUGAACAAGAUUAAGAUAAACUACGCCAAAACAGCCAAGAAGAUGGACAUGAAGAGGCUUAAGAACAUCAUGUGGAAUCUUCUGACUGACAGUCUGGAAAAAACAGCCAAGCAGGAGAUGGAGAAUGCUGAGACUUCAGAGGUGUCUGGGGAGAAAGUCUUCAGUCAGACCACAAAGACCCUGCUUCAAAGCCUGCCCCCCACCAUGGCUCAGAACCUGUCUGUGCCCCUGGCGUUCGUCGCCCUGCUGCACUUGGCCAAUGAGAAGGAGCAGGGAGAGGUGGUGGAGCAGGACAAGGUGAGGACCCUGCAGUCUCAGGUGGAGGGAGUGAAGGACAUCAUGACCCAGAACGUGGACCGGAUCCUGGCCCGGGGAGAGAGGCUGGACGACUUGAUGGGCAAGUCAGAGGACCUGCAGGCUGGGGCUGAGGACUUCAAGCACACGUCCCAGAAGGUGGCUCGCUCCUACUGGUGGAAGAACAUGAAGCUGUGGGUGGUGAUCGUGGUCAUUGUCCUCGUCAUAAUCCUCAUCAUCGUACUGCUCAGCACUGGCGUCAUCCCAACCAGCACCCCUGUUCCCUCACUCCCCAAACCUACUAAAAUACCAAACUAGUAAUGUUUUCCCCCACUGUGUUUCAAUGUGUUUUAGCUGAGCUGGUUGCUAGAGAGGAUGUCAGUGGGGUUUUUUGUUUUGAAAGAUGGGGAAAACUUAGCUGCAAUGGUAUAGUGAAAGAAAGGGGGAAUUGAGAGAGGGAAAGAGAGAAUGGAGAGAGAGUCUGAAGAAGCAUGAGAGCCUUUUGACCUCUAUCCAUGACCUGAUACUCCAUCAUACACAAACUGCGGGAACUCAUGUCAUGACCUAUGUGGGUUCUCAUUGUCCCUGUACUCAGGCCUUGGAAACUCUGGCUAACUCCAGACAACCUGUUGUGAGAGAGGUGGAAUUGAACAGCUAACAACUCCCCUUGCUGGUCCAAACGAGUGUCUCAAGCUCCUAGGACUACUGUCAGCCAUCUCAUAGCUUUGUUAAUGUCUUCCUCUCAUAGAAUAGGCCAAUGGCUUUCAGAACAAUUGUAAUUCAGCAAUUGCUCAACUAUUUCUUCCCACUUAAGGCUUCAUUCAUAAAAAAUGUAUUCAUCCAGAUAAUGUAAUCUUGACUAAAUUGAAACGGUUAAUUGCAUAGUAGCUUUUGGUAGGCCUACCUGUAUUCUUUAACUACUUGUGGGUUUUAACUCAUCUCACUGCCCACUCCAAUGUUACAAUACCAGCCAAGCUUUGGGGAGGUCAAGGAGUUUACUCCCAUGCUUGUAUAUAGUUAUCUUACCUGUAUAUACAUUUGUAAAGCACCCACAUGGGGCCCUAAACCAUCCCAGUAGUGUAACAAUGAGGUUAAUUUGAGGCUAUUUAUUAAUGUUUUAUUUUUCUCAUCCCUACUGAACGUCUUUUCUUUUUUGUUUUUCAUGACUGUAUUAAUGUUGUUUUUAAUCAAAACCAAUGAAAGAGAAUGAUAUGGACCCCCUCCAGAGUCCUAUCAGUAUAUAUGUGGUUUAGAGAUAUAAUUGUAUUUUAGACAAGUAGGAUGUAUUGGGAAUUUGGGCCCGUUUCAAUUGCUAUAGAAUUCUAUUAUUUUGUUUUUCAUUCAUUGAUGGAGUUCAAUCAUGUUAUAUCUGGUUAAUUAUAGAAUAAAUAGCAUUUACUUCUGCA